AUGGAACCAUCAACAAGGGGAAUCGAUGCAACAACAGCCGUAUCAGCAUCACUACACUUUGCAUAUCAAUCAAUGCAGCAGGAAUACGUUGAUGGCUCAAAUCAGUAUUUUCUAUAUCAAGAUUUUCCGAAUGACUCGCAAAACGGAUUGCAACUAACCCGGCAAUACCAAUCAUCUUCACAACUAUCCACCGAUGUGAUUAUCUUCGGUAGUCUACCAACAUAUUCUAUUUCACAAGUGACAAACCAGCAGCAAGCGCGGGCUUAUAUAGACGAUUCCAAUCUGCCCGUGCGUGAACAUCUAGUUACAGUGGUUGUCGCAGUACCCGUAUUCGAAGUACAAACACCAAGCCAAUUCGAUGAUGCAGUCUUUACAUCAAUUGAAUGCUAUUCAAGAUAUGCCUGGAGUUUUUCCGACUGA